AUAUUAAAUGGAAAAUCCCAGAAAUAAACAAUUUGAACAGCAGCAGUAUUGGUAUCGACAGCACUUGCUAAGUUUGCAGCAGAGGACAAAAGUGCAUUUGCCAGGACACAAAAAGGGUCCUGUCAUAGCAAAGGAUGCACCCAAGCCAGUAAAAGAAGUUACAGUACCUGCCACCAGUCAAGUACCAGAACCCCCUCCAUCUGAGGAGCCCCCAUUACCACCUCCUAAUGAGGAGGUACCACCCCCUCUUCCACCGGAGGAAUCCCAGUCUGAGGACCCGGAAGAAGAUGCCAGGUUAAAACAGUUGCAGGCUGCAGCAGCACACUGGCAGCAGCACCAGCAGCAUCGAGUUGGCUUCCAGUACCAGGGAAUAAUGCAGAAGCACACCCAGCUACAACAGAUCCUACAACAGUACCAGCAGAUCAUCCAGCAGCCACCACAUAUGCAGACCAUGUCUGUAGAUAUGCAACUGCGACAUUAUGAGAUGCAGCAGCAACAGUUUCAACAUCUCUACCAAGAAUGGGAGCGAGAGUUUCAGCUGUGGGAGGAACAGCUUCAUUCCUAUCCGCAUAAAGAUCAACUUCAGGAGUAUGAAAAGCAAUGGAAAACAUGGCAGGGGCAUAUGAAAGCCACUCAGACCUAUUUGCAGGAGAAAGUCAAUUCAUUUCAGAAUAUGAAGAACCAGUAUAUGGGAAACAUGUCAAUGCCACCUCCUUUUGUUCCGUAUUCUCAGAUGCCUCCACCUCUACCAACAAUGCCUCCUCCGGUAUUGCCUCCAUCGUUGCCACCACCAGUAAUGCCCCCUGCCCUACCUACUUCAGUGCCACCACCUGGCAUGCCCCCACCUGUGAUGCCACCUUCUCUACCAACCUCUCUGCCCCCACCUGUGAUGCCUCCAUCUCUGUCUUCAACAGGGCCACCACCAGUUCUUCCCCCACCUCCCCUCUCUUCUGUGGGGCCACCACCAGUUCUUCCCCCACCAUCUCUCUCUUCAACAGCACCUCCACCUGUCAUGCCCCUUCCACCAUUAUCUUCAGCCACACCUCCUCCAGGAAUACCUGCCCCUGGGGUUCCACAAGGGAUACCUCCUCAAUUAACAACAGCCCCAGUUCCAUCAGUCUCUAAUUCUCAGAGUUCACAACUUCCAGAGAAACCUAGACCAGCAUUACUUCCCACUCCUGUGUCUUUUGGUUCAGCCCCACCCUCAGCUUACCAUCCUCCAUUGCAAUCAGCUGUUGGCCCUUCAGAACAAGGGAAUUCUAAAGCUCCUCUGAGCAAGUCUACUCUGCCAUACAGUUCGUUCUCGUCUGAGCCAGGACUUGGGGAGUCUUCAAUUGCUCCAUCUCAGCAAAUCACUGCAGUCAAGGACAUGCCAGUGAGGUCAGGUGGACUGCUUCCAGAUCCUCCUAGAAGCAGUUACAUGGAAGGUCCAAAAGGGCCAAGAUUUGAUGGUCCUCGAAGAUUUGAGGAUUUAGGGUCAAGGUGUGAAGGACCGAGACCCAAAGGGCCUCGUUUUGAAGGAAAUCGCCCCGAUGGGCCAAGACCCAGAUAUGAAGGUCACCCAGCAGAGGGCACUAAAAGCAAAUGGGGAGUGAUUCCCCGGGGGCCAGCAUCUCAGUUUUAUAUUACCCCCAAUACAUCCCUAAGUCCUCGACAGAGUGGACCACAAUGGAAAGGCCCCAAACCAGCUUUGGGACAGCAACAACAGCAGCAACCUAAGUCACAAGCAGAACCUCUUUCAGGAAACAAAGAACCAUUAGCAGACACCAAUAGUAACCAGCAGAAGAAUUUAAACAUGCAAUCAGCUGCAUUACCCAUUGGUGCAGAUGUAAAGGAUGCCAAGGCGGCUCAGGCAAAUGAGAAUCUAAGCGACUCUCAACAAGAGCCACCUAAAAGCGAAGUCUCGGAAGUGCCCAUAGAGCCUUCUAAAUGGGACCAGAAUUCUCAGAGUAUGGAGACUCAAAUGGACAAAACCCAAGCUGUUACUCAGCCUGUAUCCCUUGCAAAUAAACCUGUACCUACUCAAUCUACUUUUCCCUCAGAAACAGGGGGGAUGGAGGGAGGAGCAAUAGUAGCAACAUCAUCAUCAUUAAACACAGAUAAUGAUUUUAAACCUUUAGGUAUUGGUCUGCCCCAUUCAGAAAAUAACCAAGAUAAAGGGCUGCCUCGGCCAGAUAGUAGAGAUAAUAGGUUAGAAAACAAUCAAGGCAGCAGCUCAUCUUACAGAGGUCCUGGGCAAAGCAGAAUGGAAGACACACAGGAUAAAGAACUAGUAAAUAGAGGUCGAGGCCAGGUAAUCAGCUGUGACCCAGGGUUGGUCAAGCAAGAAGACUUUCACGAUAAGGUGAUGGGUAAAAGAGAAGACAGUCGAGAGAAGAUGAACAGAGGAGAAGGCAGUCGGGACAGAGGGUUGGUGAGACCAGGAAGCAGUCGGGAGAAAGUGCCAGGUGGUCUGCAAGGCAGCCAGGACAAGGGUAGAGCUGGCAGCCGAGAAAGGGGACCACCUCGGAGGGCUGGAAGUCAGGAGAGAGGACCCCCUCGAACGGCUGGGAGUAGAGAGAGAGUACCACCUCGAAGAGCUGGGAGCAGAGAGAGGGGUCCCCCACCUCGAGGGCCUGGCAGUCGGGAAAGGGGACUGGGAAGACCAGAUUUUGUUCGUGACAGAGGUCCAUUUAGACCAGAACCAGGAGAUGGUGGGGAAAAAAUGUAUCCAUAUCACCGAGAUGAGCCUCCUAGGGCUCCAUGGAACCAUGGAGAAGAGAGAGGGCAUGAAGAGUUCCCACUAGAUGGUAGAAAUGCUCCAAUGGAACGAGAAAGACUUGAUGAUUGGGAUAGAGAGAGAUACUGGAGAGAAAGUGAACGUGACUAUCGAGAUGAUACACUAGAUCCAUAUAACCGAGAGGACAGGUUCUCAGCACCACCAUCUCGAUCGCAUGAUGGAGAUAGACGAGGCCCUUGGUGGGAUGAUUGGGAGAGAGAUCAGGAUAUGGAUGAGGACUACAACAGGGAAAUGGACAGGGAUGUGGAUCGGAUUGGAAGACCCAUGGAUAUGUAUGAUAGAAAUUUGGAUAAUGAGUGGGACAGAGAUUAUGGGAGACCACUGGAUGAACAAGAAUCACAGUUCCGUGAACGGGAUAUUCCAUCUCUUCCACCUUUACCACCCCUCCCACCUCUUCCACCUUUGGAUAGAUAUCGGGAUGAUAGAUGGAGAGAAGAAAGAAAUCGAGACCAUGGGUAUGAUCGAGAUUUCCGUGAUAGGGGUGAGUUGAGGAUCCGAGAGUAUCCAGAAAGAGGAGAUACGUGGCGGGAAAAGCGAGAUUAUAUUCCUGACAGAAUGGACUGGGAAAGAGAACGGUUAUCAGACAGAUGGUACCCAUCUGAUGUGGAUAGACAUUCCCCCAUUGCGGAACACAUGCCCUCCUCACAUCAUUCUGAAAUGAUGGGGUCGGAUGCAAAUUUAGACUCUGACCAAGGCCUUGGAGGGGUAAUGGUUCUCAGUCAGAGGCAGCACGAAAUCAUUUUGAAAGCUGCACAAGAACUGAAAAUGCUUCGGGAGCAGAAAGAACAGCUUCAAAAGAUGAAAGACUUUGGGUCUGAGCCACAGAUGCCUGACCACCUACCACCCCAGGAUUCGAGAUUGCAGAAUACACCUUCAAGACCUGGAAUGUAUCUGCCUCCAGGAUCAUAUAGACCACCCCCUCCUAUGGGUAAACCACCAGGUUCAAUUAUAAGACCCUCUGCUCCACCAGUAAGAUCAUCUGUUCCUUUGACCAGGCCACCUAUCCCAAUACCACCACCACUACCACCACCUCCUCCUCCACCACCUCCUCCUCCAGUGAUAAAGCCACACACUUCAGCGGUAGAACAGGAACGCUGGGAUGAAGAUUCUUUCUAUGGCCUCUGGGAUACAAAUGAGGAACAAGGACUGAAUUCAGAAUUUAAACCAGAAACUGUAACUAUUCCAUCUGCUCCAUUGUUACCACCCCCACCUGUUCACCCUUCCAUUCCCCCUCCUGGCCCAAUGCCUAUGGGUAUGCCACCAAUGUCCAAACCACCACCAGUACAACAGACUGUUGACUAUGGCCAUGGCCGAGAUAUGUCCACUAACAAAGUUGAACAGAUACCCUAUGGAGAAAGAAUAACUCUGCGCCCAGAUCCAUUACCGGAAAGAUCAACUUUUGAGACAGAGCAUGCAGGCCAACGUGAUCGUUAUGAUAGAGACAGAGACCGUGAGCCUUAUUUUGAUCGUCAGAGCAAUGUCAUGGCAGAUCAUCGAGAUUUCAAAAGGGAUCGGGAGACACAUAGAGACCGAGAGCGGGAUCGUGGUGUUAUUGACUAUGACCGGGAUAGAUUUGACAGAGAACGCCGACCUCGGGAUGAUAGGACUCAGUCAUAUCGAGACAAAAAAGACCAUUCUUCAUCCAGAAGAGGGGGAUUUGAUAGACCAUCCUAUGACCGAAAGUCUGACCGACCAGCCUAUGAGGGACCAUCCAUGUUUGGAGGAGAACGAAGAACUUACCCAGAGGAGCGAAUGCCACUGCCAGCUCCUUCACUAAGCCACCAGCCACCUCCAGCUCCACGGGUAGAGAAGAAGCCUGAAUCUAAGAAUGUGGAUGAUAUUUUGAAACCCCCUGGCCGAGAGAGCAGACCUGAGAGAAUUGUUGUUAUAAUGAGAGGAUUGCCAGGCAGUGGAAAGACACAUGUUGCAAAACUUAUUCGAGAUAAGGAGGUAGAAUUUGGAGGACCUGCACCCAGAGUUCUAAGCCUGGAUGAUUACUUCAUCACUGAAGUGGAAAAAGAAGAAAAAGAUCCAGAUUCUGGAAAGAAAGUGAAAAAGAAGGUAAUGGAAUAUGAAUAUGAAGCUGAGAUGGAGGAGACCUAUCGCACCAGCAUGUUCAAAACUUUCAAAAAGACUCUUGAUGAUGGCUUUUUCCCUUUCAUCAUCCUGGAUGCCAUCAAUGACAGAGUUAGACAUUUUGACCAGUUUUGGAGUGCAGCAAAAACCAAGGGAUUUGAGGUGUAUUUGGCUGAAAUGAGUGCCGAUAACCAGACUUGUGGCAAGAGAAAUAUUCAUGGAAGAAAGCUUAAAGAAAUAAACAAGAUGGCUGAUCACUGGGAAACUGCACCUCGUCAUAUGAUGCGUCUGGACAUUCGUUCUUUGUUGCAAGAUGCUGCUAUUGAAGAGGUAGAGAUGGAAGAUUUUGAUGCAAAUAUCGAAGAACAGAAGGAAGAAAAGAAAGAUGCAGAAGAAGAGGAAAACGAACUGGGUUACAUUCCGAAAAGCAAAUGGGAGAUGGACACAUCUGAGGCAAAGCUAGACAAGUUGGAUGGCUUGAGAACUGGUACUAAAAGGAAACGUGACUGGGAGGCAAUUGCCAGCAGAAUGGAGGAUUAUCUUCAGCUCCCUGAUGAUUAUGAUACUCGUGCUUCUGAGCCUGGGAAGAAGAGGGUGAGAUGGGCAGACCUGGAGGAAAAGAAGGACGCAGAUAGGAAAAGGGCCAUAGGUUUUGUGGUCGGACAGACUGAUUGGGAGAAGAUCACAGAUGAAAGUGGUCACCUGGCUGAAAAAGCCCUCAAUCGAACCAAAUAUAUAUGAGACUUCGUUUUCAAACGAAGUCAUUGUUCCUUAAGAUGGUUCGCGUUGAGGUGAUCUGAAGCCAAGGCUUUCUGGAGCUUCGUUGUGUGUCACCUUGCUUCCACGGUUCAGUUUUUGUUUUGUUUCUACUGCUUUAGUUUUUUAAAGUUCUUCAGUGUCCCCAAGAGGUAUUAGGAUCUUGCUGUACCUAAGCAAGAUGUUAAUUUUUUAAAUAAACUAUUGGGGAGGGUGGGAGUAAUAGCUUAACUGCUGGAAGCAGGUGGGGAUCUGCUGGAGGAUUCUGACAGAAAAUAUUUUCUCCACUGUACAAUGUCACGGACUAUCUCUAUCAUCGUUGCUUUGUGGCUGUUUUUGUUUUUUACUGUAUGUAACUGGUAGCUGAUUGUACUAGGAUUAAAAACAAUAAACUUUCAUGAUAAAGCCAAUGAGAUUCAUGGGCUGUACAGCAUGGG